AUGUGCGAGGAUCCUGAUAUUGUAAUAUUAAAAAGCCGGGCCCUUCACGAAGAAGCCUUCGCGGGAGGACCCAGGGGCUGCACGGGCCUCCCAGCCUGGUCUUGGCCCUUCCCUAGUUUUCUUGAACUAGACCAGUUAAAAGGCGGGAAUAUCCUCCAGGCCUCGGGGGCUGGAGUUUGUUUUGCAAAUAGAAAGAUAAAAGAAGGGAACAAUUUGUCUCUGGAGGGGGUGGGCUUCUUUGAAGGACAGGUUGCUUCAAGAGAGCCCAACAGUCUGGACGUUCCUGUGGCACACCACGCAAGUUCCAGAUACCACCACAGACAGCGCCCCCUGCAGGCACGGAACAAUCCUAUUUUCAGCGCUGGAGUCCCAAGGGUCCUCAACCCCGGACCUUGUUUCCCCCGACCAACAAGUCCCAUUAAGCCUCCGGGCGCUUGUGUUUUCGCGGCUUCUUUAGUUCCACUCGCCCGCGGCACUCUGAGAGCCCCAACCCCAGCACACCCGACCCAGGCCGCCAGGCGUUUGCCCUUGUUAAUUACUGGAGAAACCGACCAGGGAGCUCCGCCCGGGGAUUCACUGGCCCACAGCGGCGCCAGGCUCCCGUCUCUCCCCUGUAUCUCUAGCUGCUGUCCAGGUGCACCACUUGCUUUACCGCAAAGGAUCGAAAUGAUGGACGGCUGCCAGUUCUCGCCUUCUGAGUACUUCUAUGACGGCUCCUGCAUCCCGUCCCCUGAGGGUGAGUUCGGGGAUGAGUUUGAGCCAAGAGGAGUUGCCUUCGGGGUGCACAAACCAGAGCUGCAAGGCUCAGACGAGGACGAGCACGUGCGAGCACCUACAGGCCACCACCAGGCUGGCCACUGUCUCAUGUGGGCUUGCAAAGCAUGCAAGAGAAAGUCGACCACCAUGGAUCGGCGGAAGGCGGCCACCAUGCGUGAGAGGAGACGCCUGAAGAAGGUCAACCAGGCUUUCGAGACGCUCAAGAGGUGCACCACGACCAACCCCAACCAGAGGCUGCCCAAGGUGGAGAUCCUCCGGAAUGCCAUCCGCUACAUCGAGAGCCUGCAGGAGUUGCUGAGGGAGCAGGUGGAGAACUACUACAGCCUGCCAGGACAGAGCUGCUCGGAGCCCACCAGCCCCACCUCCAACUGCUCCGACGGCAUGCCUGAAUGUAACAGUCCAGUCUGGUCCAGAAAAGGCAGCAGUUUUGAGAGCAUCUACUGCCCCGAUAUGCCAAAUGUAUAUACCACAGAUAAGAGCUCCUUAUCCAGCUUGGAUUGUUUAUCCAGCAUAGUGGAUCGAAUCACCAACUCAGAGCAGCCUGGAUUGCCUCUCCAGGACCCGGCCUCUCUCUCCCCAGUUGCCAGCACGGAUUCACAGCCUGCAACUCCAGGGGCCUCUAAUUCCAGGCUCAUCUAUCAUGUGCUAUGAACUGAAAAUCUAGUCUAGAUGAGUUCUACGAGGAGGGCCUAUUACACAGGAGGAAGGAAGCCCCAGAAGUUCAAAAGCAAGACAACUUGUAUAUAAAGAUUUCCUUUCAGUUGGAAAUUUGUAAAUAUUAUCUUGCCACUUUAUACGGAAAGUGUAUUUAACUCAAAAGUCACCGUUGCGAUUAUACUUUAUUUCUUUUCUCCACCUCCUCCUCCUCCGCUUCCUCCUUCUUCUUCUUUACCUCCUUAUUGCUUUAGAUAUAUAGUUCCAAUAAUAUUCUUUCUGAUAGGGGGCAAUUUAUUGAAGGUAGCUUGUUGCAAUGCUUAACUUAUAUUUUUUAAUAAAUAUUGCUUAUCAAAAUAUUAUGUCUGAUGUUAGAUCUUUUUUUUUUUCUUUGAAACAUUAGAACAGCCAGAAAUCAGUUACAGGAAACUUUAAAUAUAUUUAACUUUUGUUUUUCUAUUAACCCUUUGGUGAUAUUGUAUUAAGUAAACACAUAACACUACUGCCUAAUGGUAUAUAUUUUUAUCUUUUCUUGUAAGGAAUGCCUCUUUUUUUGUGUAAGCACAAAAUAGUACUUUGUGGAUAAUUUCAAGAUAUAAGAAAUUUUGGAAAUUCCACCAUAAAUAAAAUUGUUCAGAUGAAAGAAAUAUUUUGGUUUAUGUUUUUAAAAAAAGAACACCCCUAAUGGAAUUAGCGGUCACUGACACAAAAUUUUUAACAUGGGGCUGAAAAUAACAAAAUAGUUGGCUUUGUGGAUACAUGUGAAUGUUUGCCAUCUCGUGGACACAGUUUAGGUCCUGUUGUGACAAAUGAAGAGAACAUUUCUAUUUUAAUCAGCUUUGAAGGGAGCCUGCUAAAUACAGU